AUGGCUGAAAGUGGAAGUAAACCAUUUUUGGAUUGUAGAACCUGUCCUUGGGUUUUUGGAAUUGAGAUAACUGUACAAUGCAUCAACACAAAUAAUACUACCUUGGAUUUUUCACAUUCUGAGCUAAAUGUGGUGCCUAAUAUAUUGACUAUUAUUGCUUACUAUCGGUCUAGCCCUAGUGUUCAAUCUAUAUAUUUGAAUAAUAAGCAACAAAAUUAUUAUAAAACAGAUAAACAUACAACUCAAAAUGUUACUUUAGACUUUUUACAGCUUGAACAAAAUAAAUUCAUUUUGACAUCUGAUAUAUCAACAACUUUUCCUGACUACUGGUUUAAUUCUAGUGUUCAAUUAGAGACAUCUAUAUGUUCGAAUUCUAGUAUUCAAUCAGAGACACUUAUGUGUUCAAAUAAUAAUCAACAAAGCGAUAGCGAAUCUAAUCAUAAUAAUGACAAAACAGAUGAACUUGUAAUUCAAAGUGCAAAACUUGAUUGUGAGGCAAAGCAUCAGAGAUUUUCUGAAUACAAAAAUAUGUUAUUAUACUGGGGACUUUCAAAUAUUCAGAGUGUCUUUUUUAAGACUAUUCAUGACGAGAUUGAAAAGUAUUUAACAAUAGAAGCUACGUCUAUUCAAAGUAUUCAAAUAGCUCAAAGUCCUCUUGAAACUCCCGAGCAUUUAGAUGGGUACCUAGAAGACGAAUACGAUACGUUACAGGCCUCUCUUGAAACUAUUAUAAAUAUGGUGGAUCAAGAAAAUAUUCUUGAGUUCUGGAGAGUGUCUUUAUUUGAUCAACAUAUCAAUCAAUACCCUCACUAUAUCAUUCUAUUGGCUGAUAAUACUUAUCUCUGCACGUGUCUUUAUAUUAUUUCAAAUGGGUUCUUUUAUUCAAAGCAAGUUUUAGAUUCCUUAUCAAUCAUAGGCACUACUGUAGAACAUGAUAUAGUUACGGAAAUGAACCAGGUGAUUUCUAUUCGUAGGCCAGAUGUAUAUCAACCUAGUAUCUAUACGAUUGAUGAAUUUGUAGGAUUGAUAUCAGGAUUUAUUAAAAACCACACUGGUAUAAAUAUUAAUCAGCAAAUGCAAGUUGAUAUUUCUCAAAUAGAAAAUCAGCGAAUGCAAGGAUCAAGUUCUAUACAAGAAGUUCUUCAAGAUUUAGAUGUAGGGACUUCAAAAUUCACUAAAUGGGCCAAUAUAGAAGCAAAUAAUAACAAUAUUAAAUCAAAACCAGAGAUUCAGCAUUGUGGUAAUUGCUAUAAACCAGGACAUUAUACUACUACCUGCAAAUUUUUAGAAAAUUAA